UGGGGCGGGGCCCUCGAGGACAGCGGGCGCCGUGGCGCCCCGGCUGGGGAAAGCAGAGGGAGGGGAGGCGGCGCGGGCGGGCGCAGCCGGGCUCCGGCCGGGACUGCCGCAGGGAUGGCGGCGGCUGCGGCGGCCGCGGUAGCGAGGGGGUUAACGCCGCCGGGGAGCGCCGCGGGCCCCUCGGCAGCCCCCUGAGCGCCGCUCGGCGCCGCGCACGGCCGUUACCCCUCCCCGCAGGCGGGGGGGCCGGCGCCGUCCCAGCACCGCAGUCGCCAUAGAGACCGCACCGCGCGCCAUGGGGCGGAGGCCGGCCCGGGGGCUGGCCCGGGGGGCGCCGCUCUAGCUCCCCCCGCCGCGCACAGCCCUCCCCCGCCGGCGGCCGGGGGCGCCGGGCUCCGCAGGGACCCGCUGUGCCUCGAGCCGCCGCCGCCGCCUCGGCCCCCUGGCAGCCCCUGGUUAGAUGGAAGCCGCUCCUGGGAGCUGGAUGGUUUGUUCUGACGCAGACUUUGCCUAGCAGCUCCGUCACGCCUGGAAGUUGCAAUGAGUGGAGGAGGGGAGCAGGCAGACAUCCUCAGCGUGGGAAUCUUGGUCAAAGAAAGAUGGAAGGUGUUGAGAAAAAUAGGAGGUGGAGGAUUUGGAGAAAUUUACGACGCGCUGGACUUGCUUACCCGGGAGAACGUGGCACUGAAGGUCGAGUCGGCCCAGCAGCCAAAGCAGGUUCUGAAAAUGGAAGUAGCUGUGUUGAAGAAAUUGCAAGGAAAAGAUCAUGUCUGUAGAUUCAUUGGAUGUGGAAGGAAUGACAGAUUUAACUAUGUGGUCAUGCAACUGCAGGGUCGGAACUUGGCAGACCUGCGUCGGAGCCAGUCUCGAGGAACGUUCACCAUCAGUACCACUCUGCGGCUUGGGAGGCAGAUUUUGGAAUCUAUUGAAAGCAUUCACUCGGUGGGAUUCUUACACAGAGACAUAAAGCCAUCCAACUUCGCCAUGGGACGUUUUCCUAGCACCUGCAGGAAGUGUUACAUGCUGGAUUUUGGCUUGGCUCGGCAAUUUACCAACUCAUGUGGGGAUGUCAGACCACCCCGAGCUGUUGCUGGUUUUCGAGGAACGGUACGGUAUGCAUCAAUCAAUGCUCACAGAAACAGAGAAAUGGGACGGCAUGAUGACCUCUGGUCCCUGUUUUACAUGUUGGUGGAGUUUGUGGUUGGACAACUGCCUUGGAGAAAAAUAAAAGAUAAGGAGCAAGUGGGAUCCAUUAAAGAAAGGUAUGAGCACAGGCUUAUGUUGAAACAUCUCCCUCAAGAGUUCAACAUCUUUCUGGAUCACAUUUCUAAUUUAGAUUACUUUACAAAACCUGAUUACCAGCUUCUCAUGUCCGUGUUCGACAACAGCAUGAAAACAUUUGGGGUUAUUGAAAGUGACCCUUUUGACUGGGAGAAGAGUGGAACUGAUGGCUCUCUGACAACAACAACAACUUCAACUACACCUCAGUUACACACUCGUCUUACUCCAGCUGCAAUUGGAAUUGCCAAUGCCACCCCCAUCCCAGGAGAUUUGCUGCGGGAAAACACAGAUGAAGUGUUUCCUGAUGAACAACUCAGUGAUGGAGAGAAUGGUGUUCUGGUUGGUGUCUCACCAGAGAAACUACCUGGGUCCCCUGGGCAUCAGCGUCCUCAGGAAAAAGAUGUCUGGGAAGAAAUGGAUGCAAACAGGAACAAAAUAAAAUUGGGGAUCUGUAAGGCUGCUACAGAGGAGGAAAACAGCCAUGGGCCAGUCAAUGGGAUGCUUAAUGCACCGAGUCUUGGUUCUCCGAUCCGUGUCCGCUCAGAGACCACCCAGCUAGACAGAGAUGUCCCACUGGUGCGAAAGUUGCGUUCAAUUCACAGCUUUGAACUGGAGAAGCGUCUAACAUUGGAGUCAAAGCCAGACACUGAUAAAUUUCUUGAGACCUGUUUGGAGAAGAUGCAGAAAGACUUGAAUGCUGCAGCGGAGACUGCUGUUGCUGCUGUUCCUCCUCCUUCUCAGAAAAUACCCGUUCCUGCUCCAGCGACUGCCCGCACGGACCAUGUUUGGCACUACGAUGAAGAAUACCUUCCAAAUGCUUCAAAGCCUGUGUCAGCUAGUUCUCCAGAGCAGGUUGAUGGUGGUGUUAGCAAUGGAUUUGUAGCUGUCAACUUAAGCUCUUGCAGGCAGGAGGUUGAUUCUAAAGAAUGGGUGAUAAUAGAUAAGGAACGGGACUUGCAGGAUUUCAGGACAAAUGAGGCUUUAAGGCACAAAAUGACCGGAAGUCCCUCAGAUGAAGAGCCUGAGGUACUACAAGUUUUGGAGGAGUCCCCUCCAGAAGAGCAGCCCAGACAGGGGGGUCGGACAGGAAGCAGCGUCCAUACAAAGAACCAAACCUCAGGAGUGGAGUUAGUUCUAGCCAUGGAGUGUCAUCCGGCCGCUUCCAGUCAGCUUACCGAUAAAUUGGAACUUUUGGCCGGAGCUGCGGGACAGCUUCUUGCAGCCACCCCUACAAGUCCCAUGGAGGCUCAAGCAGAAGGAGCACUCACUCCGCUCAACUCAUCUCAUAUGCUGCAUUUCUCCACUCCAAGAAUUUCAAGUCCCAUCCUCCGCACCAUGAGCCCUAUAGCCUAUCUAUCCAUCCACUCGGACCCUCUGAAAGAGGCUGGUUUACCAAGGAGUCAGUCAGCUGAGAGCCACUCCUCCUCCUCCCGCUCAACUGGUCGUAGGCAACUUCCUGUCAUUCCCUGUGGCAACAAGUUUCCCCCUGUCAUUCGCAUCUCAAAAGCGCAGCUGCAGCAGAUAACAAUACCCAGACCUUCAGUGGCAUCCAUGCAGUCUGCUUCUGAGAGCUUCCAUUAUGGCCACCAGCUAGAGAAAAGAGACCGGGAUGCUCAGUCUAUGGAACACACUGUGGAACUUUCCUCUCCAAAGGAAAAUUUGCCAGGUUUGGUUGUGACAGAAGAUGCACUUCCAGCUAGCAGACCAGACUUGGUACUUUGUAUCAGCCAAGAGGUGCUUGAAAGGGACAGACAUGUCAAAGAAUGUGUCAAACUCCUGGACUGUGGCCAACAGAACCUACCUGAACCACAUAGCAGGAGACAGGAAGAGAAAGAACUUGAAAAUCUUCCCCUACAAUCUGAGGAAGAAAGGCUUCCAGUGGUUUCUGAGGAUGCCAAUGAAAUGCUAAGCAAAGAACAAAAUUCUUUGCCAGGAAACUCAAAAUCUGUGGAGGAAGAACCUCUAAGUAAUACUGAAGCUGCUGAAGAAUCAAAGCCAAGGCCUCUCUGCUUGGUGCCAAAUCAAGAUGAGCUUCUGAAGUCAAUAGCACCUGAAACACCUGAAUUUUCUCCCUCAAGACUUAUCAAUUCACAUGGUAAUAGACAGGCAAGCAAAAAGGCACCAGUUCAGGAGAAUGGUUUUCAUGAUAAUAAGGAAGAAGUCCAUAUCCAAGACUUGCAAUGCCACCAGGUGGCCCUUACUACUUUUUUGCACCAGGAGGACAAAAAAGAGAAAAAUGCUCCCAGAAAUGGAGAGUUAUUCCACUGUAUUUCAGAGAAUGAGAAUUUCCAUCGAUCUAAAAAGGACUUAGUUAAAUCUCCUUUUGUGUUCAGGCAGAGCCGAAUCCCAGUUUUAGCACAAGAGAUAGACUCAACGUCAGAGUCCUCUUCUCCUGUUUCAGCAAAGGAAAAGCUUCUUCUAAAAAAGGCCCAUCAGACAGACUUGGUCAGACUGCUUGUGGAAAAGAGACAGCUCAGAUCUUUCCUUGGUGACCUCUCAAGUGCCUCCGACAAGUCACUGGAGGAAAAAAUGGCUGCUGCUCCGGUACCAUUUUCUGAGGAUGAUGUCUUAUCCUCAUUUUCUAGGUUAACACUGGACUCUCAUUUCAGCAAGCAGAUGGAAGAUAGUUCUUUAUCUCCAAGCAGCCCUCAGUCCAGAAAGAGCAAGAUUCCAAGGCCAGUAUCCUGGGCUACCGCUGAUCAAGUCACCAGUUCGAGUUCAGCUCAGUUCUUUCCUCGGCCCCCACCAGGAAAACCGCCUACUAGGCCUGGGGUAGAAGCUAGGUUACGCAGAUACAGAGUCCUAGGGAGUAGCAGCUCGGACUCGGAUCUUAUCUCUCGUCUGGCUCAAAUCCUACAGAAUGGAUCUCAAAGACCGAGGAGUUCUACUCAGUGUAAGAGCCCAGGAUCUCCACAUAGUCCAAAAACACCACCCAAAAGCCCUGUCAUCCCCCGACGCAGUCCCAGUGCCUCCCCGAGGAGCUCUUCUUUACCCCGUACUGCCAGUUCUUCUCCAUCUCGACCUGGGAGACCCCAUCACGAUCAGAGGAGUUCAUCCCCGCAUCUUGGGAGGAGUAAGUCACCUCCUAGCCAUUCAGGCUCCUCAUCUUCUAGGAGAUCUUGCCAACAAGAGCAUUGCUGCAGCAAACCGAGCAAGAAUGGUCUGAAAGGAUCUGGCAGUUCCUUCCACCAUUCCCCAAACACAAAAACUCCCAUGGGAAAGAGUAAAUCAGCCAGUAAGCUUAGCAGAUAGGAACUGGGCCUUGACAGUUGCAAGCCUCCUCCUAAAUCCGAUGCAUGCUGUGUCUGUGUACUGUGUAUUUAAAAAAAAAAAAAAAAUCAAAAAAGUUUAAAAAAAAAAAAAAAGAAAAAAAAGAAAAGUCUUGAAUCUGCACUUUCGAAAGAAAGUAAACAUCAUAAACUAUUCAUGACAAAACAUACUGUGUAAAUUAGUGGCCAGGCAUUGCCUAAGAACAGGCAGCAAGCAGAUCGGGGGAGGUGAGGUAAAGGCCAGGGAAAGAAUGGCUAGGUAGUUGAAGAGGUGCAAUGUAUUUAAAAUUAAAAAUAUUUCUAAGGUGAAUGUUUUAAAAGGGUAUUUAUUUCUAUGUUUUUAGUUUGCCUAGCUAGAAGAUUUGGCCUAAUUAUUUAAGGCCUGUCUCAAGGAGUAUGUAAGAAAACCUGAAACCUUUAUUCCCAAAAUGACACCACCACUGGGGAGAUAAGUACCAUUCAGGCAAGUAUUUGUAGUUUUAAAUAAGCACGUGACUUGGAAGCUGAUGGUAUUUCUACCUUAUGAGUCUCUUCCAUGUUGAGCUGCACACAUCUCUUUGAGUCGCUCAGUGCUCAUCUUGUCCCAUUUCUGCCAUGGCACAGAAUUCCUUACAUAAAGAAGCAUCAUAUACCUUCUCCCUCCUUGAGACUGAUCACGUUUUAAGAAUGAGUAUUAACACUUGUCAAGAUGUUUUUAUAACGAUGCUCUGUAGAACAUUUCUUUAGUACUAAUUAGGAUCCAAGAAGCUAAUUCUUAGCUCCAUCUCUCAUAUUUCCUUGGAAGUCAUAGUGGGGUUCUUCAACCAGAGUUCUGUAGAAUUUGGAAAAAAAAAUCUUGUUUGGGAGAUGAGAGAAAGAAGAUGUCUGCACUCCACAGGAUGUUGCAGAUUUACAAUAAAUUGCAAUGUGUAAUUGUUAGAUGUUAGAACAUGGUAGAACAUGUUAGAACAGAAGUUAGAAACAGAAAGCAUCUGUUUUUCCCUUACCAACUGCAAAAAGAUCCCUUGUUACUGCUGGCUAUGGUUAUUCCAUUAGUUAUGAACCAUUUAAGCCAUUGAUCUUUUUCAUAAUGUCAAUAUCUUGCUAUUAAAUCCAAGCUAACAAGCUGAAAAGAACAGAGAUAAUUACCAACCGGGUUUUCCUUUUUACAUUUAAAUACACAUGAAAGAAGAAACAUGCCUGUGUUCUCAGAGAUAAGGAGUGUCUAAAUUGUGAACUUGGUAGGUUGUAGGUAACAAAAAUAUACUCAGACCCUUACAGAAUCUGGGUAAGAAUAUUAAUCAUUAAAGUAAAAUAUAUAGAAAGCAAGUCUGAGGUAUUUUUGAUGUUGGAUUCUUGUCAUUCUUUUGCCCAAAUGAUUCUUUGAUAGCCAAGCUUCAUUGUCUGUCAGUGAAGUCCAUGGUGUUUAGUUUUUCCAACUUUUUUUUAGUAGUUGCUUAAUAAACUCUUGUGCUGUACAGGAUCUCUGUAGGGAACCCUUUAGCUGUAGCACCCUUGGCUAUAUUCGGAAGAGAACAGGGAGUCAGAAUAGGAACACCCAAGAAUGCAAGCCUGAAGAAGAUGCAGCCAGCUCUCCCUAGUUAUGCCUCCCCAGGACAGGCAUGCUUGUGUGGGAGCCUUGUCAGUUAUUGAUCUGCUUGCUGUAGUCAUAUGCCUCUCCAGCCAGCAUCUGUGCUUUUUUAUUUAACCUCUGCCAAAUGAAUACCUUUGAAUUAAAAAGGGAAUAUUUUGUCUCUGAGCUAACACAUUUUAAUGCUGCAUUAAAGCUGCCCUGGAGCUGCACUGAAUUUCACUUGCUCUGUCAGACUGUGUUGAUUUUUUUCUUACUAUGAAUAUGUAUAUUGUUCCCCAUACGUAAUGUAGCACAGUGUGGAACCUUAAUUUAAUUCAGGUUUCAAGCACUACAGAGGAAUGCAAUAGGUAGGGUAUAUCUGCUUUUUCUGAAGAAACUGUACCAUUGGAAAGUCCUAUUCCUUUGUAUUAUAUUGUAUAAUAGGUGCUAUACCAAUAAUUGCAUGUCCUCAUGGUAAAUUAUAUAAUAUAAAUAUUUAUAAAUAUAUAUAUACAUAUGCUUAUAUAAACUCACACUUUCUCAUUUUUCAUUUGUAACUUAUGGACCAUAAAUGAUACCAUUCCCUUUCUGUUAGUUUCUGAAUACUCUUGGCACUGCAUCUCCUAUUUCCUGAAUUUUUUUCUGGAACGCACCAAGUCCAAUGGCCUGUGACAAGGCUUGGUACAAGAUGGAAGGACUGCCGAUUUCUCAACAAACCAGUGUUUUGUCUUGAAACUUUCUUUCUUCCUUUCUUCCUUCCUUCCUUUCUUUCUUUAAUAUAUUGUGUGUGUAUUUGCAUAUGAACAGGAACAGAGACUUAAUGGUAUCUUUAUUUUUGAUUACAAAUAGGAUUUAUGAUUAUUCAUUUUUAUUUCAUAACGUGAGUUUUAAUCGUUAUUAAUGCUCAUGAUAUGGGAGCAAUGACAGUCAAUGAAUACCUAAUAGAUGAAUGUGACAACAACAAAUUCUGUCCUUUCCUUCCUGUUUUCCUCAUAUGUUUCCUUAUGGUAUACAGAAAAAGAGAAUUGGAUCUCAUUGUGAUAUUUCUGCCCUGGGUACUGCUGGAAUUAUUUGCUGAUUCUGUUUCUUUCCCUCUCUCUCGUUUCUGAAGAGCAUUCGUUAUGGUCUUAUGAGCUCAUUUCUACAUUAACAUGGCCAGCUUUAGUGGGUACCAACUUUAUGUAUCCUCCCCUGAAAUACUGAAAUUGAAGUGUGUAUAUUUUCUCCCCAGUGCAGCAGCAUCCAAAAACAUGUCAUUGCUGCUAUGGUAAGAAUAAUUUGCUUUACAGCUGAGAAAAUAUAACAUCUAAGCAUUUUCUCGUGAUCUCACCAAAAAUGCCGACUUGUGCAUUGCUGCAUAUAACUACAUAAAAUGCAUCAAUGUUGUAGAAAUUCACUUGUACUUGAACUACUUGCCAAUAUAAAAUUUAAACUAUGCCCAAAUGGAGAGAGAGAUAUGAGUCAUGAUUGCCCAACAUUUUUUCAGUGCAAUAAAAAGUAAAAGGACAGUAUAUCCCCAGUUGCCUUCUGCUUUGGAUUUGAUUCAUGGAUGUAGAUUUAAUAUCAUUUAGUGAGAAAAUCAUGAAGAUAUGAAUGGCGGAGCGGUUGUGAAUAAUUUUGUCUUGAACUAUCCCUUUCCCUAAAACUUUUUGUUGCUUGUUACCACCCUUAAAGUUUACAAAAUUGCUUACUAUAGACUAGUAUAGCAAUUAGAUAAUGUAGUUAGAUAACAGUCAGCUGAUAGCAUACAUACAAUUAUCACCUUUAUAAUAUUUCUAGGGGUGCUGUAGAACUCUUAAGUUCCAGCAUUUGAAUAUGCAACUUAUUGCACAUUUAAAAACUCCAGGAUAUAAGUUUGUGGCCCUUGUGCCAAGUCCGCAUGCGUGGUUUAUGGAGGACAUCUACAGCAAAAUUUUAGAGGCGGGGAAAGAGUCUUCUCCAAGGUACAGAACAGUUAUAGUCAUUCUGCAUAGCCUGCAGUAACUUACACUGGGAUUUUAGCCAGGGAGGCAAUGUAAUUCAGGAAGCUGCUGCUUUGUCCUCGCCUAUCCUGAUCUCCACUUUUUUUGGAGUGCGGUGCAGUGGAGCCAUGAUAUGUGGUGGAUGCAGGUGUUUCUUGUGCAUUUUGUCUUUGACUUUGGAACUGUGGUAUUUCAAUUACUUUUGGAGGUCUUUUUUUUAACCACAUGAGGGAGUUUGGAGAUAAAACCUCUUUGCUCCUCAAUGGCUAGCACUUUGGAGCAUUUUUAAGGAACUUUGGGUAUGGAUCCUUUAAAUAAUAUAGAAGCUAAAAACGUUCGAUAUUUCACACAGACUUUUGUGCUACAAUUGCAUGAUAUCAUGAUUUUAGGUUACAUUCUCAAAAGUCUGUAUUAAUAUUAAUAAACUUCAUUAUUAAUGCCAAAUGCCAAUUAUCACUUAAGUAAAACCUUGUUAAAAUAACAGAAGGUGUCAUAUAUAGCAGUAUGGCAACACUGGCAAGUAGUAUGAUGCUAGGCACCUAUCCACUACUUGAGCAGGAUGGGUGGGCAUACAAAAUUUCAGUGCUCAAAGGCAGAAACAAUAUGGGGUCUUCACCGCUGGUAGAUAUAAUUAUUCAGGAGGGGAAUCUACUGGGAGAGACUCUAGGCACUCCUUGUAGCCACCAGCCACAUCCUCCCUUGGGAAAGGUACGCCAGAAUCUUGCUUUGAAGUUUGCACGUCUGAGAUGAAGCUUUCUAUCGUACCUCAGAAAACAGUCAUGGUAGAGAGGGGAGGAUCUGGUCCUGUGUAUUUAAAGGUGGGUUGAAAGAUUUUUCAUCUGAAAAGAUUUGUGAGACAUCUAUCCUUUACAUUUUGUAGUUAUUAUGAUACUAACUAUAGCUGGGGAAACGAACAUAAAUAUGUUUGUACACAUGUGUGUGUAUAUGCACACUUUAUAUAGGUACUUUACUGCGUACUAUACAGAAACAUAUAUGUGCAUAUAUAUAUUUAUGCAUAUAUAAAAGUAUAGAUACAAACAGUGUCAGGUAUUGCAUCCUCUGCUGGAAUUCAUUUGCCAGAGCUAACUGAGGCCAGUUGGGCUUUGACUUAGUCUGGUCUCCUCCUGAACUACCAGAGUUUUGCUACGCUCUAAUUCUGAUUCUGUCUCUCUUCCAUAUUACAAGGCCUGAUCCUACAGUUCUACUUGGGCAAAACACCUAUAGCCCUUCUUAUUGCUGUAAUAUUUAUGCAAUGGUUGACUGUAAUGCUCCUAUAGACUUUUUUGGUUUUCUCUUAAAUAAGAAUGUAGACAAUGCCAGACUUAUGCUACAGACUCUUUCCUGUAAACAGAUUUUUUUUCUGUAACAAACUAGACCUUUUUCCAGAACACUAAGAGGCAUAAAUUCUGGUAACAAAACUGAAGAACUGCCAGAAGGUGAUUAUUUCAAUUUCUUGAAAGGGGCUAGCGGCAAACUACAGAUAAUGUGCCUCCAAUUUUUAAAUGAGAUAGGAAUUGAAUCUUCCAAGAAUAGGAGAAUGAAAGAGAACUCAAACUGGUUUCUUAUCACAGCGAUAUAAAAUAAUGAUCUUAAUUUUUUUCAUACAGGACUGAUCCUGUGAGAUGGUGAGUGCCACAUGGGCCCACCUCGUCAAUUCUGAUGAGCAAGGGGGUUCUCGAUCUUCUGCAGGAUUGAGAUCUUAGAUAAACACCAUGAUUCCAUACAGCACGUUCUCUAUAUGUUUUUCUACUAUAAAGUAUGGUCAGAGAAGUGACAGCUAUAUAAAUAAAUGCCUUGAUAAUUAUCCGUGACUCCUUUCUUUAACUGUUAAGAGCUCUGGAUGCUCGCUACUAUUUCUGGAACUUGUAGAAUAGUGCUUAAUCUUUUAGUCUACUUUGGCUAAUCAAGUAGCAGUGAACUAAAGGUUUUGUUUGCUUUUGGCUCAAAUGUAUAUUGCCAACAAUUUUCAGUAACAAGUAACUUUGGUAAAACGGAGUGAGGUUCAGUGUUUUGGCUAGGUGCAAUAUGCAGGCAUGGGUCACACAGUUCUUAGCUAAUACAUGCAAAUCACACAAACACAUACACCUCACAAGAGUAUCUCACCACUCUGCUUGAAACCAGUCUUCCUUUCCCCUGCACAUAACAUUUGUAAAAGAGAAAUGGUAUAAAAGUUAAACUGGAUCAUGUAAUAACUUCCUGAAUUUAUCUUAAGAUACUGUCAGAAAAGUUUAUUUAAUCACAGUAACAACAAGCCUCAUUUUCCUGUGGUUUAAAUGAUCAGGCUUUUUAAUAUUAACUUCUGAGAUCUUUUUAAAGGAAAAAAUGCAUAGGAAUGUAUUGUUUUAAAGUCUGAAUGUAUUAACUUAGCAAUUGCGCUAGCCAUCCAAGUUUGAAUGUGCAGACUGAUUUUUCUCUCCAUUGUUAGUAACAAAAUCUCUCUUACGGUAAUAGUGACAAAACCUUUAGUACUUUAUACUUUUCCAGGAUAAUAGAUGCUGGUUUUCGUUAGCUACUGACUUUCCAAAGUGCUUGGCAUUUAUGUGGGGAAGUGACAUCUUUUCCUUUGUAAGAGCAUUCUUCCAUGUUAAUUCAGAAAUAACCAUGUGACCUUUGCAACAAAUUUAGCAAAGAGAAAGUUCUGAACCGCAAGUGCACUCGGGCACUGGAAUUUGAAUCGGAGGGUAUCUAGAGCUCUGGAGGGACAACAGGAUGUAUAUUGAGUAUUCAGCUGACUGGUCUUAAUUCUUCUUGUAGCUGAGAUAGAGGAGUGGUCUACAGAGAACAGUUCAGAGCAAGAAUUUAAUCCGAGUGCUCUGAAACAACCUCGGACUAGCCUAUUAUUCUUUACUGAGCACAGUGGAAGCCUAGCUGACUGGUUAAUUUAGGUGCCAAAAGUUAGGGUGAGAGUCUCUGUUUUUGUUUGAGAUAUGUCAGAAUUCCCAUUAGUCUAGUGUAAAAUUUGAACUUUUGUAAAAAAUACAAAAUUUUACAUACAAAUAAUUACAUGUGGAUUUGAAGUUUUUGCUUUCGAGUGCACAGUCCGUAGUUUCCUCUAAAGCAAUACCACAAGUAGGCUACUUAUAAGAGUUGCUGAUCAUCCACAACUCUCUGUGGGAAUUCAGCUGGAAUUCAUUUGAGUUACAGGUGUUUGUUUCCUUUUUGAGCUCACUGCAUCUUUGACCUAACUUUUAUAGAAAGAGGCUAUAACAGCAGCAGAGCAGCUUGCAGCCCUCUCUAAAAGAUACAGUAUGAUUAGCUUGAUCUGCUUGCCUUCAUAUUCUUUUAUAUUCUUCUACAUCUGCUGCAUGGCAGGCAAGGUUGUAAAGGUCUGAUGCUAGGCAAAUGUCUUUUAUUUUAUUCUAUUCUAUUCUAUUUUGCUAUUUUCAGCUUAUUUCAUGUCUUUUUCUUCCUUCUGAGUGGAGCGCUGGACUGGUCGCCUAGCAGCCUUCUCUGCAUCCUCCUUACCUUCCUUGGCUAGAAAGUGGAGUUUGAAAUUCUUCCCUAAUUUCUGACUUUCUUUUUAUAGAAUCAGCCUAGAGGCAAGCUGCAGUGCUUGUGCUAACAGAUGUUGAUUUUCAAAUGCUUUCUUAUGAAUAUCCAAACCAACAAAUUAAGGAGAUCACCAGCAAUGCCUUCAGACAAGUACUGAAUUUUUGAAGCUGUGAACCAAUGUCUGCUAAUCUAAAAUCUCUGGGCAAUACCACAAAGAAUGAAAUCUCUGUAUUAACUAAAAAUAGGAUGUUGUUGUUCCAUAAGAAAUUAAGUACUCAAGAAUAAAAUCUGUGGCAUGAUUAAAUUAAGUGGAAGGCUGUUCCCAGAGGUUGUUUGUUGCCAUUGAGGGAGACAAAUGUUGAAUCAUUCAAAUUCUCUCGGUCAAUAAUUGCAGUUCCCUUCCCCUUCCUUGGAAAUCUUCUAAGCCAUCUUUAAGUUUGCUCAGGCACCCAAGAACAUGAAGAGUUAAUGCCCUUGUAAUGGUCAUUUGUACAUAAAGGUGUAAUUAUUUAUUUUCCCAUUUGUACCAUAUCAAGGCUUUGUACAAUGUUUUAAGUUCUGUUUUCAAAUUAUUUUGUAUUUAUUUUUAUAAACCGGUUCUAAAUAAAAUAUUCAUUCAGCAUGCAAAACUCCAA